CUCUUGUUGUACGUUUCCUGACCAAGCGGUUCAUCUGGGAAUAUGACCCGACGCUAGAGUCUACAUAUCGUCACCAAGCUACCAUUGAUGAUGAAGUGGUUUCCAUGGAGAUACUAGAUACAGCUGGUCAGGAGGAUGCUAUUCAGAAAGAAGGACAUGUGCGAUGGGGUGAAGGCUUCGUGCUGGUUUACGACAUCACGGACAGAGGCAGCUUUGAGGAAGUGCUGCCACUUAAGAACUUGUUGGAUGAAGUUAAAAAACCGAAAAAUGUCACCCUGAUCCUGGUGGGGAACAAAGCAGACUUGGAUCACUCCAGGCAGGUCAGCACAGAGGAAGGUGAAAAGCUGGCCACAGAACUAGCAUGUGCUUUUUAUGAGUGCUCUGCUUGCACAGGAGAGGGCAACAUUAUGGAGGCCUUCUAUGAGCUCUGUCGUGAGGUACGGCGUCGAAAGAUGGUCCAGGGCAAGACUCGGAGACGAAGCUCCACCACCCAUGUCAAGCAGGCAAUUAAUAAGAUGCUUACCAAAAUCAGCAGCUAAAAAGAGCUGUGCUAAGCCAGAGAAGCAGAGCACAUUUAAUUAAAAAUGGUCAAAGCUUUGCAAUUAAAAAAAUAGAAAAGACAAACCACACCACUUUUUUGAGUAACACAGGGUCAGACUUUUUUCCUGUUUUGAGAUGUAUUUAGCCACACUGCUUCUGGCUAAUGUGGGG